AUGGGGACGAAUACUGUAGUUGGCGGUCUUGCCACGAUCUCGGCCAUCGCUACUGCUUUCUCUGUGCUUAGCGUUGUCUACCUUGUCAACGAUAUCAGCAACUUUUAUGAGGAUGCUCUCCUAGAACUCGAAAACUUUAAGGACACCGCCAACACUGCCUGGCACAAGAUGGAGUCAGCCCCAGAAAUGGCCCGUGAUAAGAGGGCCACCCCAUCGUCGUGCAACUGUGGCCCACAGCCAAAUAACUGCCCCGCAGGUCCGCCAGGCCCAGUCGGUAAACCUGGACUCGCAGGAGAAGAUGGAACACCUGGUGUUCCGGGUAAACGUGGCCGUGAUGGUAAUCUCAUAGGGAACCAAGAAUACCAAACAUGUAUUAAAUGUCCCAUGGGACCACGAGGACCACCAGGUCCCGAUGGUGAUGAAGGAGAUCCGGGACCAGAUGGAAGACCUGGAGAAGACGGUGCCAAGCCUCACGAUGGACAUAUGGGAUCGAUGGGUGUAUACGGAGAUAUGGGACCACCCGGACCACCUGGACCACCAGGAGAUCCAGGAGAGCCUGGUGGCCAUGUUACUUACAAAAGAGGAUCGCCUGGGCCACCAGGUCCAAUGGGACCCAUGGGUCCACCAGGGCCUGUGGGACCAGAGGGUCCAGAAGGGGCUCCAGGAGAGCCUGGACCGAUGGGACCUAUGGGACCACCUGGAAAGCCUGGAAGGAAAGCAAAGGAUGGAGAUCAUGGAAAGCAUGGAGAGGAUGGUAAACCAGGUAAAAAUGGCGAGUACUGUCCAUGCCCGAAAAGGUACCAAGUUCCGAAGAACAAUCCAAGCUAUGCGCUGCAUCGUUCACCUCCUACCGACGAGGAACUUAGUAAAGAGGAGAAGAAAGAAAGGAAUGAUAGCGAUGGCCUUGCUGAUGAAGAAAGCGCCGGCGAGAAUUUCAAGAAGGCUGUCAAGAAAGUCGUCAAGAAGAGAGCAGACGAGACCCAUGAGGCCGAAAAUGAUACCGCUGUGGGGCCCCAUCAUCGUACAGGUGUUAAUGACAUCACCCAGCUUGGUGGCAAUGAUACCGUAUCGCUUGGCUGGAACGAUACUGUAGCGGAGACAUCGAUGUAG